AUGUCAAUCGUUUGCAGAUUAGGACAGGGGAACGGUCUCUUAAGAGCUUUAAACGUUGCUGCUUUUGCGGUCACUGGAUAUGCUUCCUUUGAAGGCAGGCACUAUAAGCCCUUUAACACUUUGCUUCGAGAAACAUAUGAAGCUGACUUUCCUGAAAAGGGUAUUCGUUUCUUCACUGAAAAGGUCAGCCACCAUCCAACUGUAAUCGCCAGCCACUGUGAAGGUAAAGGGUGGAAGUUCUGGUGUGAUACUAACCUUAGGUCAAGGUUUUGGGGGAGAUCGAUUCAAGUUGAACCUGUUGACUCUGUAGUUCAAUGGAGCAAGACUAUAUACAAUAUCAUACUAGGUAAACUCUACUGUGAUCAUCAUGGGGUGAAAGAAAUCCAUUCAUGUACGCUCAAGUUUAAGGAACAGUCCGUUCUUGAAAGAAAUCCACACCAGCUUACCAAAAUGAAACAAAGAUAA